AGUAUAAUUGAGAUGGCCUUUUUCUUUUUUCUCUUUUGCAGGAUCGAGCGCGCACAAAAACGACGCGACAGGAAAUGGAAGGCCGGCUCCCCUUUUGGCGGAACCCAGAUACGGCGCCGCGCCACAGCCAUACGGAUCCACGCCACAGGUAACUUUCCCACCUGGUGCCGGUCACGAUCGUUACGAGGAGAAUUUCAAUGGACCAGCGACGUAUGCGGAGCCGUACGUCGAGCGUUACGGUAUUAAGAGCGAUUUCAGCGGUCGAGAACCAUUACAUCCCACGCCACCUCGACCCGGUUACGUGCCCACCUUGGGCCAGACGCCACCUUCGAGCACGCAGGGAUCCGUGAUGAUGGUCUACGGGCUGCAACCGGAUAAAGUCAACACGGACAAACUGUUCAACUUGUUCUGCCUGUAUGGAAAUGUCACGAAGGUGAAGUUUUUGAAGACGAAAGAGGGCUGCGCAAUGAUCCAGAUGGGCGACAGCAUAGCCGUGGAACGUUGCCUACAGAAUCUGAACAACGUGACGAUCGGUACAGACGGAAGGUUGCAGCUCGGUUUCUCGAAGCAGGCUUUCCUCUCGGACGUCACCAAUCCCUACAUUCUGCCCGACAAGACAGCGAGCUUCAAAGAUUUCACAGGAAGCAAGAAUAACAGGUUCCUAAAUCCAGCGAUGGCCAAUAAAAAUAGAAUACAACCACCCUCGAAGAUAGUCCACUUUUUCAACACGCCCCCGGAUUUAACCGAGGAGACCGUGCAUCGUGUGUUCGUGGAACGCGGUAUCGAGGCGCCUACGACGGUCAAACUGUUCCCCCUUAAAUCGGAACGAUCGUCGUCCGGCCUCAUCGAGUUCAGCAGCGUCGGAAUCGCGGUAGCUGCCAUCAUGGAAUGCAAUCACACAGCAUUGGAAAACAGCAAUGGCAAAUUCCCGUACAUCAUGAAACUGUGCUUCUCGUCGUCGCGCACCAUACCAACGAGUUUCCCGCCCAGCAGCGGCAGCACGUCGAGCAAUUCCGCCGGUAAUGGCCACGUCAAAAUGCAGCAGGACUCGGAAUAGAACGGCGAGGUCCAGGGCCAGCAGCGUCAGCGUCAGCGCCAGCGUCCCUCUCUCGCCCUGCACCCGUUGUGUGCCCCGACGGGCACGGCCCUGCACCCAGCCGCAGCGAUUACACUCUCCCCGGUCUUACCGCCGCCCGUGCCGCCUCCCUUGCCGCCCACCUGCGUUCUGAUCGCCACUCCAACUCUCUAUCCUACCGUGCCGCCGCCACCACCGCCUCCGUUGCCUACGUUCUGGCCGUACUGAUGAGAAGAGCAGCGGGCCUAUUCGCCGGACGAGGCAAACACGGAAAAAAGAAAA